GUGAGCUGCUCUGAUGGCCUGAUGAAUCAUCAGCACCUGACUGACGUCAUGAUCUGACCUCCAGCUGUCAGGAACAUCAGCUGUUCCUCCCUCUCACCUGCUUGUGCAGGUUGAUUUGUUUUAAAACAAAACACCUUGUGAAGGAAAACCCCUCAACACAAACAGCAGGUCAUGUUAGGAGAAUGGAAACCGAAAGUGUUUGAGGCUGAUCUGGAAAACGAAUCUUACCGAGGAGGCGGGGCUGAGUCCAGUCUAUAAAACCAGCCGGAGCUUAUCUCUCUGAGCAGGUUUAACUUUCCAUCACUGAGAACUGAAGGAUUAUCCAUUUCUAAAAGAUCAAAACAACAAGACUUCCAUCAUGGAGAUCAUCAUCACCAAGCUGGACGGAACGUCCUGCACUCUGAAUGUAAGCCCCCAUGACACCGUGGGCUCUUUGAAGAUCCGCAUCCAGGACAAACUGGGGGAGUCCGCCGAGACCCAGARGCUGGUUUUUGAUAACGGCCGCAGGACCCCUUUGGAGGACGACUCCAGGACCCUGAGCUCCUACAACCUGCAGUCCGGGUCCCGGGUGUCCCUGCUGGUCACCCGGCCCUCCACCAUCCAGGUGUUCCUCCGAAACGAGAAGGGACAGACGACCUUCCACAUCAAACCCGACGAGACCGUGCGGGACUUCCGGAGGAAGGUGCAGGAGACUGAGGGGGUCCAAGACAGUCAGCAGAGGCUGAUCCACGAGGGCCGGGAGAUGAUGGAGGGGAAACUGAUGGACUAUAAUGUGAAGGAUAUGAGCACGAUCUACCUGACUCUGCGCCUGAGAGGAGGCUGAGGACUGWUAAUGUUCCAAUUUAGUCUUAAUAAUCGAAGCAUUCCACGUUUGUAUUGUUUUAUCACAAAAAAGUUUAUUCUAACAAAUAACUAUAUUGAAGAAAACCUAAUAAAAGUAUUAAAAAAAUUUGUUUUUAUUCAGCCCAGCAGGUGGCGCUCAAGAGACACAACAGAUAACUUUACAUCAUAUUUACCUGCUUGUUAGCAAAAUAUAUCAUUAACCAAAGGAUUAUAUUGAAACUUGCA